ACAUCCCAUCAUCCUCCUUGAGCUGCUGCUGGAUCAGGAAGAAGCAAGGUCAGUAGGGAGAAAACGACUCGGCAGCCAUCUCUUCCUCCUCUGUCGCGGCCUCCUCUGCGGUCGUCGCGGAGCCCUCGGCAGCGCCAUGUUUCGGCAGAGCUUGCGCAGCUUCUCCACCUCCUUGGUUCGCAGGAGCCACUAUGAGGAGGGCCCGGGGAAGAACCUGCCCUUUUCAAUAGAAAACAAAUGGCGGUUGCUGGUAAUGGUAACUGUGUACUUUGGAUCUGGAUUUGCUGCGCCUUUCUAUAUAUUAAGACAUCAGAUGCUUAAGAAAUAAGAUUCUCCUACACAGGAAUCAGAUUUAAAGAACAAGAACCACCUGUAAAAGCAGUUCAGAAGAAUGGAGUAAGCAAGCUAUUUACCAUAAUAGAUGUCUUUAUAAAUAAACCUAUUAAAUGAA